AUGACUCGCCUCUUCGCGAAUCUGUCCGUCGCAGCGCCCUCAGCCUGGCCACCACCUUCACCAGGACGCAGGAAGCACAUUUUUUCUGACUGA